AUGUCAUAUAGGAGCAGCUCGUUUGACGGAUCUUCCAGAUUAUCCAGACAUUCACAAUCUCUCCCUUUCGGGAGUCAUAUACCUCUACCUAAUCACGCUCUGGGUAGGUACAAAGGUUUAGUAUUUGAUUGUUACGGUACUCUGAUAGUGAAGCUUGACUGGGAAAGAGGUAUUUAUAUAGCUUUACAACCUCUCUUCUCCCAGAAAACAUGUCCAGAACCUAAGGUGGUGUUUCAACAUCUCGGACAGAUAGAAGCAGUGAUACAGGCGGAGAAUAAAGGGAUGUUGUAUCCUGAUGUUCUUGAACUGGCGUAUCAAUCUCUAGCUGCUAGAUUGAGACUCUAUUACGACCCCGACGACGCUAAAGCUUUCGCAAGAUCGAUUGGAGAUUGGCCAGCUUUUGCCGAUAGUUCCGCUGCCCUCGGUAGACUGAAAGCUCUAGGAUUGAAAUUGGUGAUUUUGAGUAAUGUGGAUAAUGAGAGUUUUUCCAGGACACGACGGAAAUUGGAAAGUGAGUGGACUUUUGAUGCUGUAUACACUGCGGAGGAUAUCGGAACGUACAAACCCGAUUUACGAAACUUCCAAUACGCUCUCCGAAAUCUAGACGAAACAUUCGACAUUCAACCACAGGAAGUGGUAUGUGUGGCUAACUCAAAAUAUCACGAUAUCAUCCCAGCACAUAAAAUGGGCUUGGCGGCGGUGUGGAUCGACCGACAGGAUUCGAUUAUCGGUAUAGCGGGUCAAAGUGCAGAUGCUGAUUGGACUUUUACUUCAAUGGAAGAAUUCGCUAAUGUCAUGGAGGGUGUCAGAGGGAUGGGGGAAGUUUUCGAGGAAUGA